AUGGCAGCACAAGCCCAGACAGCGCUCCCCGUCGACGUGCCGGUCUUCUCCAGGGAGAAGGAGGCCAUUUCCGCACUCCGCGAUGACCUCCUACCACAAGAUCGCCUCAUCAUCCAGUCGCCGUACUCGGAUCCAGAGCAUCUGCUGGAUCUCGACACACUGGAUCGCGAGAACGCCCUCCUCGCUCAGGCUCUGGCUCGCUUGCGGGCAACCCGUGACGACUAUGCCACGGCGCCGUACACCGAAUCCUUCAACUGGUCCGAAGUGAUCGCCGAGCUGAAGCAGCUUGCCGAGGCGUCUGGCAAGGGCUUCAAGGAGACGUCUUUUUACAUCGUCGCAUUUCGCUCGCAGAUCAAGCCGAGCACCGAGUACAGCCACCUCGGUGAGCUGGACAAGGCCGCCCAUGCCGAGGCCGUAGCCAGCGGCGGCUUUCUCAAGUGA